CUGAACUAGAAAUUGCUAUUUGUGCCAUGCUUCUUGGUUAUAUUUAUCAUUAUGUGAGAAGAUUGUGUUGAAUUGCAGUCAGAAUUGUUGGUAGAUAUCUAGUUAUCGAUUUCGGAAGUUCCCUAAAUUUCAUUGUAUAUUAUCCUGGAUUAUUCUUUGACCAAAACCAUUAGAGGUUGUGAAAUGUGCAUUGCGGUUUUCAUAUAUAUUCUUAGCUUUAUUUAGGAGCUUUAAAUAUUGAAAAACACUAAUUUCUUGAUUCAGAAACUAAGAAAUCUAUAUAUCCAAACAAUGAAUCUGAAAGUUAGUAAAGUUGGAUUCUAUCACAGGCACUUCCUCAAAACAAACUAAUGUCUGGUCCUGAUCUGAUAGUGUGAAGGAUAAAUGUGAAAAGAAAAAGGAAAUUGACGAGCUAUGUGAUGAAUGGGUUCCUGAACCCCUUAUUCCCAAAAUUGGAGAAGAAAUGAAACAUGAACCUCCAGUUUUAGAGAGUGCCGCAGGACCACAUGCAAUUGUCAAUGGAAAAGAAGUUCUAAAUUUUGCUUCAGCAAACUAUCUUGGGUUACUUGGACAUGAAAAGUUACUGGAAUCCUGUACAAAAUCAUUGGAGAAAUAUGGCGUUGGUUCUUGUGGACCUCGUGGAUUUUAUGGAACAAUUGAUGUCCACCUUGACUGUGAAGCCAGGAUUGCAAAGUUUUUAGGCACUCCUGAUUCCAUACUUUACUCGUAUGGGCUUUCCACCAUGUUCAGCGCAAUUCCAGCUUUUUGCAAGAAGGGAGAUGUUAUUGUCGCGGAUGAGGGCGUGCACUGGGGAAUUCAAAAUGGCCUUCAGCUUUCUAGAAGUACAAUAGUAUAUUUCAAGCACAAUGACAUGGAAUCUUUGAGAAAAACGCUAGAGAAGAUCACCCAAGAGAAUAAGCGAGCAGAGAAAGUAAGGCGUUAUAUCGUGGUUGAAGCUGUUUAUCAGAAUUCUGGACAAAUCUCACCCUUGGAUGAAAUUGUUAGACUGAAGGAGAAGUACCGUUUCCGUGUCUUACUGGAUGAGAGCAAUUCCUUGGGUGUGCUUGGCAGUUCUGGUAGAGGAUUAACUGAGCGCUACAAGGUUCCGGUUGAGAAGAUUGACAUCAUUACGGCUGCUAUGGGACAUGCAUUGGCUACAGAGGGAGGAUUCUGCACUGGUAGUGCAAGAGUCAUUGAUCACCAAAGGCUUAGCAGUUCUGGAUAUGUUUUUUCUGCGUCAUUACCCCCGUACCUAGCAAGUGCUGCUAUUACCGCAAUUGAUGUCGUAGAAGAAAAUCCUGAUCUUAUCACAAAGCUCAAGGAAAAUAUUGCUCUCCUAUGGAAAGGGUUAUCUGGUGUUCAAGGACUUCAGAUAGUGAGUGAUCCAGAAUCUCCCAUUCUUUUUCUCCGGUUAAAGAAAUCAACCGGAUCAUCAAAAGAUGACCUUCAGCUGCUCGAAGUUAUUGCUGAUCAUGUGCUGAAAGAAGAAUCUGUUUUUGUUGUAACUUCCAAAAGAUCAACACUUGAUAAGUGCAACCUCCCUGUGGGCAUAAGAUUGUUCAUCUCUGCUGGUCAUUCAGAAUCAGACUUAGCAAGAGCAGCAGAAGCAUUGAAAAAAGUUGCAGCUUCAGUUCUACAUGACGAAGAAUAG